AUGCCAGCCCGGGAGACCUUGUUUGCUUUCAUCUUAGUUGUUUCGGCGCUUGCCGGACUUGCGUCGGCCGCCCCAUCUUCCGCGCCUCCACCGUACCAGGGUCCCCCUCACAAACCCCAUGCCGUCAAUCAGCUCGCCUGCUCCGAGGACAAAACAGGCGGCACCACCCUUGCCUCUUAG